AUGUCAGAAAAAAGUAUAACAGAUUUAGUUACAAUUGCAAAAGAAACAAAAGUAUUAUCUGUUUGUUCCAGUAUCUCUAGCUGCUUUUGUAAACCAAAAUAUCAAAAAAGAAAGAAAAUUAAAAAAAUUCGAAAUCCAAUUGAAGGUUUUGACCAACUUUCCGACUUAUUAGUAAAAGCCAUGUUCAAAGAUGAAAUUGCUCCAUUUGGAAAUGCAACCAAUGUUAUUAAAGCUUUUUGUAAAAGAGUCUCUAACUAUGGAGAAUUAAUUCAUAAUUUUAUAAGAUGUUAUGACAAAGAUGAUUCAUAUAAUAUUUUAGAAAAUUAUGAAGCUUUAAAAAUAUCCCUAAACAAACUUUUGUUUACAUACUAUUGGAUGUUUUAUACAUGCCAUAAACCAACCUAUCAAGAAUAUGUUGAAAGUUUACAAUCAAUAAUUUAA